AUGGACAAUGGAGAUAAAUUUAGAAGGGGAGCUGGGGCUGUUGAAGGAGAGGACCAAAACAUCCCCCCUCCAUCUUGCCAUUCUUCCAUUGCCUUCCAUAUUAAAAAAAAAAAGUGGAGAAAUAAAUUAGAAAAGAGUGAAUCUGGUAGAUUGCUUGAUUUACUGCUUUUUGUUUAUUUAUUUAUUUAUUGUUUUGAGCAGGUUGUGUACAAUGUCGGCCUCUGUAUCUGCCUGUAUGAUAUUACAAAGCUGGAGGAUUCGUACAUAUUCCCUGGAGAUGGUGCCUCGCAUACCAAAGUGCAUUUCCGCUACGUGGUCUUCCAUCCCUUCCUGGAUGAGAUUCUGAUUGGAGAAAUUAAAAGCUGCAGUCAGGACGGCGUUCACGUUUCUCUUGGAUUCUUUGACGAUAUUGUCAUCCCUCCAGAAUCCCUGCAGCAACCGGCUAAGUUUGACGAAGCAGAGCAGGUGUGGGUGUGGGAGUACGAAACAGAAGAAGGGGCUCACGACCUGUACAUGGACAUCGGGGAGGAGAUCCGCUUCCGCGUCAUGGAUGAAACGUUUGUUGAUACGUCCCCCACGGGGCCAAGCUCCGCAGAGGCUUCCACUUCCAACGCCACGGAAGAAGUCCAGAAGAAGGAGGCACCCUACACCCUUGUGGGAUCAAUCAGUGAGCCAGGUUUGGGCCUCCUGUCGUGGUGGACGAACAGUUAGCCCCAACCUGAACGUGCUCUGCAGAAAGUCCUGGUGGAUGUUUUGGAGGAUUAAGGGAUCCUGCUGGUGCUCAUUGCUGCCUUGAAGCUGAACAAGAAAUUAGACCUGCCACUUUCUGUUUACCCUUCAGCUUCCAACCUGCCAGAUCAAGGCAGUUGCUUCCAAGAAAUGUCUUUCCUGAGAUGUAGAAGUCAAAUUACAGGCACAAAAAGUCUUGAGCCCAGCAGCAACAAACUCAGCUGGGGCUUUGGUCUCCUGCAUGGGAGGCAAAACUCUGGGGGUCUUUAGGGAAUUGACUUCAGUGAAAGAAAGUAGAAGAUAAUGCCUGUGUGGAGUGGUGCUUCCUUGAGCUGAGAGCUUGGUCUCAGAGGUGCARAACUUGCCCAUCUUCUGACAGGAAACGGAACAGGCUCUUGCUCUGCAGGUACUGCAAGAAGGAACAGCGAAAUCCUAGAGGCAACAGAGUGGGAGCCUCUUGCUACUUGGGAAGCGCUGCCUCUGGAAGGGCAAGGAAGCCUGGGAUAAUAUUCUCCGAAACAUAGGACCUUCCUAAAAAUGGAUUCAUGGAUGAAGUCAGUCCAAGAAAAUGGGAAUGAGAGUAAUUUACCCCAAAAUAACUUAGUUAAUAUGAAGAUGACUAUUGUGGAAAGCUAUCAGCUGCUUAUUAUGGUGAAUGGAAAUACUUUAUUAGGUGGGUUGCG